ACAAUCUGUGCAACAUGUAGCUGAAGCCGUAGAGCUCCGUUCCAUCAACUCGAAGAAAAUGUAUUAACAGGCCCCAGUCUGACCCAGCCCCCGUGCCAGAGCGAUGCAGAGAGAUCAAACACUCCCUCACCUGGGAAACGGGCAAUAGCUCAGCAAGAAUGGGGCUUGCUGAGGGAAGUCCCAGUGUGUAUCCAUGGAUGCAAAGGCAGUCUGACCGCUGCUAGGACGCAUAAAUAAACCGUCAGCCAAGAUACAAAGACCAGGUCUCCCCAAGAAAAGAUCAAAAAUGGAGAAGGCCAGCACCGCUGACAUGGUGAAGGACGCCAUCAAGACCCUGGGCGAGAGGACCGGGUCGUCCCUGCACAAUAUCAAGAAAUACAUCGAGGCCGUUUACAAGGUGGACAUGCGCUACCGCGCGCCCCGGAUCCGCAAGUUCCUGCGCUCGGCCGUCGGCGACGGCGUCGUGGUGCAGACUCGCGGUCGCGGGGCGUCGGGCUCUUUCAAGCUGCCGCCCAGGCAGCAGUCCGGAGCCUCGCGCGGCGUGCCCGCGGUGCCCGCCAGGAAGGCCGCCUCUGCCUCCGCCUCCAGCUCGACGCCCCUGGCCAGGGCCAUGGCGAAGGCCAGGGCUGCCGGGGCCGCCGGGGCCAAAAAGGCGACCUCCCGGACCACGGCCACGGCACGCAAGGCGAGUGGCACCACCGUGUCCACCUCCGCCUCCAGGGUCUCCGCUAGGACAAUGUUUGAGGGCAAGAAAUUAAACAAAAUGGAGUACACUUUUGAACAGAGCAUUUACUUGUCUCCUGUGAAGGAAUCAAAACAAUCUGCAACAGCAUCUGCCACCUUACAAAUUUACUGA